AUGAUGAACACUUUCUAUGUUUUCCUCGUUAUUUUCCUUCAAAUUCAAUUAAUCUCUACUGCUGGUAAAUUCGAAAUCGAAUUAGAACGAUUAGUCAAUCGCAAAGGUUUAAAUGUUAAUGGUACAUGUUGUAACGGCCCCGAUCGAUUUUUCACAUGUAUUCAACCUUGUAAAACAUUCAUGCGUUUUUGUCUACGGAACCAAAAUCCCAAUUUGGACGAUAUCAAUCGCCCAGCCACUGUAAAUAAUGAAGAAUGUACAUAUAGUUUCGAUGAAACGCCCAUUCUCGGCGGAAAUAAUAUUGAUUUCCUUCGUUUACCACAACAAGCCAAUUUAAUUGUUUUACCAUUUAAAUUUAGCUGGAUGGGCGAUUUUGUUCUUCGUAUUGAUAUCUUCAAUGAUAAAACAUACGAUGGUCAACCGUAUCCAGGCAGUGCGCGAGAAUUGAUCUUAUCUACAACAAUUCGCUCGUCGAUUUAUCCAAACUCGUCGUGGCAAUAUGCUCAAACCAUCGAUUCUUCGUUAACAUCUCAUGAAUUCUCUUUUCGUUAUCGAGUAUCAUGCGCAACAAAUUUCUACGGUUCUCAAUGUUCACGAUUCUGCUCUCCACUCUCAUCUCAUUCACGAUGUGAUCCUCAAACAGGUGAAAUCAUAUGUCAACAAGGAUGGACUGGAGUUGAUUGCAAUAAAGCUAUUUGUCGAGCCGGAUGUCAACACGGUCAUUGUCUCAAUCAACCGAAUCAAUGUAUUUGUCAUCAGGGAUGGACAGGAGAAAAAUGUCAAGUGCCCUUACAACGCUUGAUGAGCAUUCCAAAGCCGAAAGUUUCGUGUCACAAUGGUGGCAAGUUUCUUGACUCAAAAUGUCAAUGUCCAACAGGCUUUCAAGGUUCAUUGUGUGAAGAACGAAUUUGUUUCAAUGGUGGUUUGAGUUCACCAAGUAAAUGUGUUUGUCCACCGGGUUAUGAAGGUAAACAAUGUGAAAUUGAAACCCAAUGUCCCAUUUGCCGUAAUAAUGGCCGAUGCGAAGAUGGAAAAUGUCUUUGUCCCAAGGAAUUUACUGGUCAAUACUGCGAAAUCGACGUCCGACUUAUCCAAAAACAAGAGCGAAAGAUAUUCUCUAUUGAACUACUCAUUCUCUUCAUAUUUAUUCUCUUGUUUCUGUCAAUCUUGAUGAUUAUUUCAUGUUUGUAUUACAAAUCGUCGAAUCAGAAACGCAAACAAUUACAACAGAUCAAAGAAAUCACCUUCGACAAGAUCUGGACGAUUGAAAAUUCUUCGACGAAUAUUUUCAAGGAAUCCAAAGAGAAAGUCAUCGAGAAAAACGACAUCAAUGCGAAACUAAAACAAACGGACGUGCAAGCUUCACUCGUUUAA